GUAACUGAUAGAUAUGGAUAAGUCUUGAUAUAUACGGUGGAGAUGAAACAAUAGAAGGCUGUGGGAUAAACUGAUAGGGUAUGCCCUAGAAGGUUUCUGGGUAGGGUUUUACCGACUCACCCUUAACAUUACUCUACAUAUCUGCCCACUUCUUCCCAAACCCCCUUCCAAUUCCAUGGCUCCCCCCACUGUCAUGCGCCUCCAUCUGUAUUGGCUAUGACUCGGUUUCAAGGUUACGUUCCAGCUAGAGUACAACCGGCCGAAUGCUUUGCACCACGAUUUCUCUGUAUAAUUACUAUUUAAAAGGGUAUUUCAUCAGAUAGAGAACUAAGGAGGCACAAAAGAAAAUGCCAAAGGAUUUUACGUUUGAAAGACAUUAAGAUUUCAGAGUUGAUGGAAGAGAAUUAGAUGGAAGAAUUAUAACAAAAUUGCAAAUGACAUAAGUGAAAAAAAUAGACAAAAAUUUAAUGAACUUAAUAUAACAUACAAGAAGAUAGAGUCAGAUGUGAAAAAGAUCAACGAAUUGCAAAUGUCCAACUUAGAUUUGGAGAAUAAAAUUUCAAACAUGGAAGCCAUAUCCGUUAAGCAAAAUGGUGAGAUUUUUAGGCUUUCCAAUGAACCACGAUCAUUGAAGAAUAGAAAGAGAAUGAUACCUAGGACUGUUUCAAUGAAGAAUGGGAAGAGAUUCAUUUCGGCAGGACAAUUAUCUCAUCCUCAUUUGUUGCAACUAUCUCAACCGGAGGAGAUGUCACAACCCCAACAAUCAUUACCAUUCAAACAACAACAACAUGCAUCCUUCAGCCAACUUUUUCAGAUGACAUACUCUCAAGAACAACAUGAAACGUUGGGGGAUCAACCUCUACAGUUUGGUCUCACUGGUUUGACACAACCUACAUCAUCUAAACGGUGCUCAAGAGCGCCUCCCUUGCAAAUCAACCAACUCAUGCACCACCUAUUCUUUCGAUGCGGCGUACUCGUGAGAGCUCAUCUAGCUAUUAUUCUGAUGAUGACGAGGAAAGUGACGAUAUGAAUGAUGAUAGUUAGUAAAGAAUGUAGUGUGUUCUGACUUCCAUCAUUUGCAAUGGAGCCAAAGAUUCAUUAUUUUUUGGCUUGAGAAUAUGAUGGAGUUAUGAAGUAGCAGUCAGUCCAUGCAAUUUUGGACGCGUUUUUCAUUAUGGGUCAUCCAGAAAUAGUUUCUCUGUGCUUUAGUAUACGGAUAAGACUGCGUACAUCUGACCUCCCUUACCCCACCGUAGGUGGGAGCCUUUGCGGCACUGGGGUAAAUGAAAAUGAAAUGUUCUAUGCUUUUGGUGAAGAGUAGUUUUAGUGUACUAAAGCAGUCAGCCUUCAACGUAAUGUUAACAUUUAUUUUUAUUAUGUUAUACUUGUAUAUUACUGUAUUAUUUUAGUUUAUAUGAAGUAUUAGAAAGUAAUACAAAUUAUACGAUGUACUUGAUGAAUAUACUUAUAUACUUGGUAUGCCUUAUGAGGGAGGAAUCCUUAUUAAACUGUUAUUGAUAGGAUUAUAGGAAUGCUUCAUUGGGUACACGCAGCGGGGCUGAGUUAUUAGAGCAGGAGUGGUUAUAAAUACGUCCCUCAAUACUUUGUCAAAGUUGAUCGGCACGUUGAUUAAUAAAGUAAAAACUGUGUGAUUGAGGUUUGUGCAGAGGAAAAAGAAUUAACUGGAACCAUAAAUUCUUUAUUUAAAAGGGAAAGUGACAAAGUUAAUGAGACAUCCAAAAAAGAAAAAGAAAAAAAAAGUUGACAAAGUUAUAAAGGACGGAGGAGGUGUAACAAAUUAAUGACGAUUCCCGGGUCAUAACAAUAUUUUCAUUCACCGAGCGUUGGUGGCAGGGAUUAGUUUAGGAGCUAAACUCCAUAUUUAUAUUAAGGUGAAUCUCCCUAUUUAUGUUAGAAUAUUAGUUUGAGUCAUUUUUCUUUGUUGAAAUUAUUUUUAGCCUUUAAAAUUUACAAAUGGGUGAAAAACGUAAAACACGUAGCGGACAUGAGGCUCUUUGGCCUAGGGUUACGGUUGUGGCUGUUUGCUCACAUGUUUCUUUGAUGCAAGUUAAUGAAUGGCGUUGGGCUUAAAAUAUUUGGGUUGGGGCAACGAACUUCCAAGUAGGAGGCAGUUCGGGUGCAAUAGAUGACACACUCGUGGAGAGAUACAAUGAGUUUCGACAUGGAACAGGAACAAGGUGAGUUGGAUGCCUUCGAACAGGUGGGCUAACGUCUAGGGUUGGAUGAAGGAAAAAGGUUGAUAAAGUGUUGAUGAUUUUUUCCCAUCUAAACCGCCGCCAUAGAGUGAAUGAGAAUUUAAGGUUUGGAAGGAUGUUUCAAACUUGGGUUUGGCGACCUGCAAGCUUCGCUUUAUUUUUAUUUCAAGUUUUAUUUUUAUUUCGUUCGACAAUAUACAUUGUUGUUGGAUUGUUCGAAUAUCUUACAUGUUCAACGAUUAAUCUAGCUCAAUUUUGGACAAUUAUUCUAUAUGUGGUCAGAGAACGAUGAGAUCUAUUGAUUAUAUUGAAUCAAGAGAGAGUGAG